GUGAACCAGAUGGUCGCUCCGUUAGCUAGCGGAGGUUAGCCGGGACUUGCUAACUUCAAAUCCAGAGGGUUUCGCCUGCACCUACACCACAAAGCGGAUGCGGCUCCACUUCACUUCAGAAGGAAGUGCGACGUCAGCAGGCUGCUGUGUGACUGAGUCGCUCGGACCCUGAUUUGCCCUGAAGUACACUUGGAUGCACGUGCACCUACUUCUCCUGCUCCACAGACUUCUGCUGACCCAUGCACUAAUCUGACACAUGUGCACAACCUCUGACACACUGGUUAGCCACAGCAAACACAGUUGCUGACCAGGUCUGCACAUGCACAGGGUUACUGGGAACCAUACUGCAAACAUUGCCAUGCCUCUCCUCCCGUCUCUUCAACUCUUCACCGCUCCUCCCCUCUGCAUACCUCUGGAGCUGCACAGAACUUCUCGGCUCCUUCUGAAUUUUUUGUUUGUGCAAGUCACACUGAGGAACACCACCGCUCUCCAUCUGAGCCACUGAGUCGUGCACACUCAUCAGAUUUCAGCAUCGAUAGCCCUAGGAUACAAUGUAUGGAACUAAUUUUUACCGUAUCUAAUUUUUGGAUGGAUUAAUCUCAUUGUAAUGAUGACCACUGCCUCCUCCUCAAUUACUUGUGAUUUCAAGCCCAGAAUACAUUUGCCAACAGAGAUGUUCACUCAUUAAUUUUUCUGGAUAUACCGGGCUCCUCUACGGACAUGCAUGCUCUAUUAGGAUAUUAGAAAAUACAACUGUGCUUACAUCUAAAAGACAAAAGUCGCAAUAAGGGAUAUACACUAAUAUAUAUCUAUCCUGCAAACAAAAUGGCUCCAUUUAAGCCAAAUCAGACGAUAAUGGAAGGUGAAGCAGAGGAGAGGGAAGGUUCUGAUCUUCCAGUGAAGAGAAAACCUAAGGACGACGAAGAAGAGAGUGUGCAGGAGGUGGAGGGCAGAGCUGUGCCGAUCCCUCUGCAUCGCUGGGUGAUGCACGGGGCGGUGAUGUUUGGACGUGAGUUCUGCUACGCCAUGGAAACAGCCCUGGUCACACCCGUGCUGCUGCAGAUAGGCCUUCCUGAGCAAUACUACAGUUUAACCUGGUUCAUCAGUCCUAUACUCGGUCUCCUCUUCACACCGUUGAUCGGCUCAGCCAGUGACCGAUGCACUCUGCGAUGGGGCAGAAGACGACCAUUCAUUCUGGCCUUGUGUGUUGGUGUGCUAAUGGGAGUGGCCCUGUUUUUAAAUGGCUCAUUGCUAGGCCUUUCCCUUGGCGACAGCCUCAACAACCAGCUCAUUGGCAUCGUCCUUACUGUAUUAGGUGUGGUGGUGCUGGACUUCAGUGCUGAUGCGUCUGAAGGACCAAUCAGAGCUUACCUUCUGGAUGUUGCUGACACUGAGGAGCAGGAUAUGGCCCUGAAUAUUCAUGCCUUCUCUGCUGGGCUCGGUGGAGCAGUGGGCUACAUGUUGGGUGGCCUGGACUGGACUGGCACAGCUCUGGGCCAAACAUUUAAGUCACAGGAACAAGUUCUUUUCCUGUUUGCGGGGAUCAUCUUCAUUAUCUCGGUCAUACUGCAUAUGUUCAGCAUCCCUGAGCGACCUUUCGCUCCAUCUAACCUGCUUAAAGUCACAGAAAGUGGGGAUUCUACCAGCCAGUUGUCUUUUAGGCCUGUCGGCCACGCACCUUUGCUUGAUGUGAUUGCAGAGGAGGAUGCUCAAGCCACAUCCCAGGAGAAUAACGAAUCAGACCCAGAAGAGAGCGAAAUGGAUUUCCUUACUGUGGAGAGAGUGCGAAGUAAAAGCGACUCAAUUUUAGCCAUGGCAGUGUCCACGAUCGAGCUGGAUCCUGACCUUCACCCAGAUACACAGCUUUUCAUUCCAGAGAUGCAUCACUUUACAUCAGAGCGUCAGGGAGAGCUCGAACAUGCUUUCAAGUCAUCAGACCACAGAAUAUGGCAGUCGUCUCCGCCUGGUGGAUCUUCCGCCCUGACUGAUGUGAUGAUCUUAGAACCAAAAUACCCUGAGCAAAAGGAUCCAACAAACUGUCCUCGUUCUCUGCCUCAGAGCAGUUCUGGCCAUGAGGGCUUACAUCAGAGACAGCAGGUCAAGGCUGCCAAUGGUAUCAAUACUUGCGUAUCCUCUCCUGAUCACACCAAUACAGAGAAAGGCCAUGCUUCCAGUAAGCCCGGGACCCGCCUCCUGAGCACAUCAUCGAAGCCACACCGACACACCUUUUACAGACAACCUUCCUUUACUUUCUCCUACUACGGACGAGUCGGAUCGCAGCGCUUUCGACUUCGACGGACGACACCUUCGAGCCCUCGGCAAAUCACCACUACCCGGAGUCUGAAUGACCUGAGUGAUCUCGGGGGGCACACAGACCGGAAACUUUUGCAGCUGUCAGCCAGCAGUCUGUCUUCUGAGGGCUCAAGCAGUGAGGGAGAACCAGACAGGGGGACAACUGUUCGACUGCUGUGGUUGUCCAUGUUGAAGAUGCCAAGGCAGCUGUGGAGAUUGUGCAUAUGUCACCUCCUCACAUGGUUUGCCUAUAUAGCUCAAGCUGUGUUUUAUACAGAUUUCAUGGGACAAGUCAUCUUCAACGGAGACCCCACGAUACAUCGUUGGAACUCUCGGAUUUUCAAUAGGAACUGCAAUAAUGGCGAUCUUCCCUAAUGUCUAUGUUGCCAUGGUGAUGAUCAGCGGCAUGGGCAUCAUCUCCAUGAGUAUCUCCUACUGUCCCUAUGCAUUACUUGGGCAGUAUCAUGAAAUCAAAGAGUACAUUCACCACAGUCCAGCAAACACUCGAAGAGGUUUUGGUAUUGACUGCGCCAUCUUAUCAUGCCAGGUCUAUAUUAGUCAGAUUUUGGUUGCAUCGGCCCUCGGAGCUGUGGUGGAGGCAGUUGGCAGCGUGCGUGUCAUUCCUAUAGUGGCCUCUGGAGGCUCCUUCCUUGGCUUCCUUACGGCUUGUUUCCUUGUCAUUUAUCCCGAUAUGGAGCCCAGCAGCUCGCCGCCGGACAAGGGUGUGGCGGGUUUUUCUGUAGAAUCAAAACAGAAUGGAGAAAGGACCAGUGACCAGAGACUGGCUCUGCUGAACCUCACAGACCAAGAGGAUUUGCAGAACACAGAGAAUUACUCUGUUGCCUAAGUAUGAACAAGGAAACACUGAUCAAGGCUUAUCCUCAUCAGGUACAAGCCACAGCAUGUGAGGAGUAUACCAAAUUCAUCUAAUUCACAUUUUUGAUGGUCUGCGCUUUUCUGGAGGAGGAAAGAGUAGAGGACUGACGGGAAGAACAAGCUCAGUGUUGUGCUGCUCUGCUUGUUUUGAAGCUACCUCAACCUUAAAACAAAUCAAUGUUUGGAUGGAUGAUGAUAAAUUGUUUAAACCCAAGAGAGUCACAAGACUGGGUUUCUAUGAUGCUAUACAGAGGCAGCUGGACUUGUUGGUUCACUUCUCAUCUGAGAGGCUUCUGUAACUUAACCGAGCUGCUUGUUAAAUGCUUUUUUCUGAUCUGACAUUGACGUCUGUCCCGGGUGAUCCGAUCAUGCAUGACCGGACACGUUAAAGAAAUUGCUUAUUACUCAACUGACAUCCUCUGGCCACAGGCAGUUUCAUAAUGAACCCAAAAAUAUUUUACUCUUGUCAGUAUUUCGCAGGAUUUGACUUAUUUGAAGAAGUCGGCAGUUUGAUUAUUAUCAAAAAAAAAUUUAAUACUAUUUCAACACCCACCCUAUACAAUCAUUCACCUUCUCACCAACAUAUUGACAAUAAACUGUCUCAAAACAGCACAACAUGUUUGGUCUAACAGAUGUGAUGUUUGUUUGAAUUUGCAUAUAGAGGAGAUACCAGGUGUAAACGUGGCUCCAGAGAGUUGUUGAAGUCACAUGUGAGCUGCUGACUCUUCACAGACAUGUGACCUGUGAUUUAGUUUGACUGCUGAAACUAACUUACCUCAGACUGCUGAAGUAAACUCUUUCUUUUGUUGCGAAAACAUAAAUGGGAAGCACAGAGCACUUUCUGUCUCACUACUGAACAGUGCUUUCACACUGAUCUUACAGAGUGAUGUAAAGUUUGACACUUCACUUCAUAAGGGCUGCUCUAUAACUGCUUAGUAGACAAUCAUAACACUGUAGCAAUGUUAGUCUGUGUAACUCUGCCCAAUUCUGGAUGUUAAUAUUUGUUCCAAUCUGUUGUUUUCUAACUGCCCCACAGUUUCCAAAGGUCAGGCUUCUACAGUUGUUACAGAAUGACACAUAACUGUUUUUUUUAUUCAUUUCCGAGUCACAUUUAUGACUUAAGAACCUGUUAGUGUGCUCUUUUCUUAUAUUUAUUUGUUUCUUGCCUUAAUAGAAACACAUAAAAUCUGAAUGCCAUGCUGUUGCUUUGCUAUCACUGUGAAUUCCCUCUGUAAAUGGUAGCUAAUUUAUAAUGGCCUCUCAAAUGGGAUUUCAAGUGGUUUGGGUUUUUAGUGGAAUUGUGUUGCAGGGGGAUUUUUGUUUUGCUCUGUUUGAAUUAUAUUUUUAAAUAUACAUUCCAAACACAGUUGAAAUGGGGCACUAGUUAAAGACGUGCCUCGGCUAAUCACAAAGCCUCUGUCAUAUACAGACUUAAACAAGAAACCUUUGUCAUCAGUAAAAGGACUUUGUACUUUGUGCUUUGUUCAGGAUGCCUUGCUUUGUGUUGUUUGCCUUUGUGAGACUUUAACAGCUAUGAAACUUUCGUGCUGUAGGGAGAUUAACUCUUACUCCCAUGCUGCCACAGAGUCUGCUAAGUACUGUUCAGUGUUUAGUCUCUAUCUCCAACCCUUGAACACAUAUUCAGCUUCCCAAAUCUAAUAAGCUCCAGACAUCAGGGUAGACUCUACUCUGUGAAUGCUUUUCUUCAGUAAAACCUUAUCACUGUUGAGAGUUGGAGUAAAUGCCCAGAGCCUUAAAAUCACUGAUGAGAGCAUUAUCUGUUUAAUUUUGGAGAUUUAUGUCACAUGGUCUGUAAAAAUGCUGCAUAUUGAACGUUAGACAGGAGAGCUUCUAUGCAAGGCCAGCGUCUGAUCUACAGGAUGCAAACUUGAAAAUCCCUUGGCUGCUUGUUUUGACCUUCAAAUUACAGGAUGCAGUGAAGACAUUCCACAGAUUUUUAGAUUUCAAUAUGUUUAUUGUCAAUGAGCUCUGUAGUGACAUUUUUACUGUAUUUAUCAGUCAUCGGACAAUGCUCUCUAUUUAUGGGGACCUUUUAUUACUUCUAACUAUGCCAGUGCUUUGCCUGUCAUGACAGAAACACAUAUUUUAUGGUGUGUUCACUGUCAUUUAGUAUUUAAGGCCUCAAGAUUUACGCAACCUGAUUUACAAAGGGAACAUCCUCAUUCUGUGGAUUUCUGCGUCUACUGACAAGUGCUGAGAUAAUCGGUCCGAGCUAAGAUAUUAAAUCACUAAUUUCUAACUGUAAAUAAAGCAGAGACUCUGUGAGUGUAUGAGCCAUUGUGUUCAAAUAGGGAAUUGUUCAGAGAAUGUUUUUGACUAAGAGGCAAGGGUUCACAGUUUUGUCAGUGUUAGGAAUUCAAUUUUGUAAUCUUUAUGUUAUUCUACCGAUAAGGCACGAGCACAGGAAGUAUCCAGCCUGGAAUCUGAUUUUAAAUCUUUCUUUUCACUUUAUUCGUCAGUAAAUUGAAACACAGAGUUUUCUGUACAGAUUCUGUCUCUAUUACAAUAACACAGUUUUUCAUUGGAAACUACUGAAUGAGAAAAAUAAUUAUUUGUGACCUGAUUUUAUAAAAAUGUUAUGAGACGUUUGGGAUGAUGGUCUAUGUCACUGGUGUGGUUUAAUUUGCUUCUUGCUGCUGUACAGAAUUUUGUAGAACAAAAUCUUGGUAUUUAAAACCAAUUAUUUGAAAAAAAGAGACUGACAACACUA